GCAGAGGACACUGGGCAUCCCCCAGAGAGGGACUUCAGCCUGGUUACUUCUUCUUCUGUGCCUGAAAGGACCAAAGUUAACAUACGAGUCUGGUGAUAUCAGAGAAACAUCUGCUUUUCACUCAUGGUUUGGACACCUAAGCGUGGCUCACAUCUUGCUGGAGAACGGUGCUGAUCUCAAUGCACAGAAUAAGUUAGGAGCCAGUGUCCUUACAAUGGCCUCCAGAGGCGGCCACGUCAGCAUGGUGAAAUUGUUGCUGGAAUCUGGAGCUUUUGUAGACAAUUAUGACCAUUUUAGCACAAAUGUACUUAACAGCAGCAGAGAUGACCUUCCCGAUAUCACUCCAUUAAUGGCAGCUGCUCAGCAUGGACAUGAGGCAGUGGUACAUCUGUUACUAGACUGGGGAGCUGAUUGUAAUUACACUCUGAAGACUAUGGGCUGGAGUCCUUUAAUGCUGGCAGCUGUUAGUGGAAAGGUGAGCUUGGCACAGCAGCUCAUGGAGAAAGGUGCUAAUCCUGAUCAUCUGAACGUACUGCAUAAAACACCUUUUGAAAUCUCUGUUGGCUUCAAACACAAAGACAUGAAGGACUACCUGGAAUCUCUCACAACAAUCAGACCGCAGGCAGAUACAGAAAAGAGGCAGCCUGAUGUCUUUCAUGCUUUGAAAUUGGGAAACUUUCAGCUGGUUAAAGAGAUUGUUGAUGAAGACCCAUGUCAGGUCAAUAUUACCAAUGUUGAUGGCGCGUCUCCAUUAAUGAUUGCGGCUGUAACUGGACAGUUGCCCCUCGUUCAGCUCCUUGUUGAGAAAAAUGCUGAUAUUGACAAACGGGAUAAUGUUCAUGGCUGGACAGCACUAAUGCAGGCCACAUACCACGGAAACAAAGACGUCGUAAAGUAUUUGUUAAAUCAAGGAGCUGAUGUCAAUCUUCGUGCAAAAAAUGGAUACACAGCUUUUGACCUGAUAAUGCUGCUGAAUGAUCCAGACACAGAACUUGUACGGUUACUGGCAUCGGCGUGCAUGCAAGUAGACAAAGACAAGAAUAAACUGAACAACAGAUCAUCUUUGCCUUGUUCCAGAAGUAGGCAAUCCUUAAAUGUCCCAAUGUUGCCAGAUGACAAAGGAGGUCUAAAGUCCUGGUGGAGCAGGAUGUCCAAUCGAUUCCGCAAGCUGAAGUUGACUCAGACAUUGCGCCAUGGGUUUCCUUCCAAUCAGUUUGUGCCUUUUCCUGAUGAGCCUGAACCAUCAUUAAAUUCAACCAUAAAAGCAGUUUCACAGAGUGAUAUGGACACCUCUGGAAACCUUGAUGCUGCUACAGCUUGGAUCACAAAUAACAAAACUAGCGGUGUAAACACUGCAAAAGGAGGAAAGGAUGAUGAAUUAUUGACAACCAUGCUGAGAAGUAGUGCUCCAUUUACCAGGCUGCCCAGCGAUAAACUGAAAGCAGUGAUACCCCCUUUCUUACCACCCUCAAGUUUUGAGCUUUGGAAUUCGGACCGAACGCGACUCAGCAAAGAUGGCAAAGCUGAACAGAUGCGAACUGCCUGGCCACAGAGAGCAAUCAAGCAUGAUUUCAACAGCAGUGGGAACUCUGAUAUAACAUCUGUUAGCAAAGGCACUAGACCAGUCAAAUUACCAACAUUUGCAAGAAGACCUGCAUCUCCUUCGAAUUCCAACAACUUCAACCACUCCCCCCAUUCUUCUGGUGGAUCAAAUAACAUUGCAGGAAUUAACAGACAUGGAGGAGAACUGCAUAACAGAUCAGGUGGCAGUGCGGAUAAUGUUUUGUCUCAGAUUGCAGCCCAAAGAAGAAAAGCAGCAGGUUUACCUGAACAGAAACCCAGUCAACAGCAUAGUCCAGUCCAGUCAACUCCUUCAUCCACUCUGGCUGAUUUGCAAUGUGCUCAAAUUGUUGGCAAUGGGCAUGUUGUAAAGCAAAAACUGGAGAUGAACAAAAGACCUCCAUCUGGGACUUCAUCUACGUCUAAAAGCACAUCACCAACUCUCACACCUUCCCCAUCACCCUCCCCAUCUCCCAAGGUUCACAACGCAGAGUCUUCUCUCUCCUCUUCUCACAGACAGGCCAAGAGCAAUGGUUCCAGCAGCGGGACUGUUACAGAAGAUGGCAACCACUUGGUGGACCAUCAACAGCUUGUCGCUAUUCUGAGAACCAGUGAUGUAGAGAGUCAUGAAAGACGAAACCACGUGAGAGUAAAAGGAGGAUCUGAAAACUUGGAGAAAGAUGAGCUGACUGGCAUCCUUAAAAAAUUGUCACUUGAGAAAUACCAGCCUAUUUUUGAGGAACAAGAGGUAGAUAUGGAAGCCUUCCUUACGCUUACUGAUGGCGAUCUGAAAGAGCUGGGUAUUAAAACUGAUGGGUCAAGGCAGCAAAUUUUGGCAGCUAUUUCUGAACUGAAUGCAGGAAAGGGCCGAGAGAGACAGAUUUUACAAGAAACUAUACACAACUUCCACUCUUCCUUUGAGAGUAGUGUUAGUAACACGCGACCUCCAGGUCAUUCCCAGUCACCUGGCUGCUCUAUAAAACCACAAGAAGCUGUUUCUCCUAAAAGGUAGCUACUGGAAAAGAAGAUUUUUUUUCUUAUGGUGAAGUUUGGCAUCUGGCUGAGUAAAUCCAAGUGUACAAAUGAAAAUUUGAAAAGUUAGUCCUAACUACACCUGUGUAGGACUUUCUGCAGUAACGUACUUAAAGUUCAAAUGCCACAAAGAAUAAAAGAAAAUAAUGAAGUGAUUGCUUUUACAAUCCAGCCUAAAUGAUUAACUGUUUGAGGCAUCAGUGGUCUGGAUCGAAGAACAAAGUCAGAAGAGCAGGAAGAAUGAAUGACCGUAUAAGAAGAUUCAAGUUUUCAAUCUACUCCUGCCCGUAGAUGAAGAACCCAUAGGAGGCCUGCAUGGGCACAGUCAAGAACAGCAGAGUGUGAAAGAAGGCAUGAGAACUACCACAAAUUAUGAGAGCUUCUACAUGGAGAAAUACAUAAACUGAAUAUGCCUCUGUUGACUGGAUACAGAUGAAGGAAUCCAAAUUGAAAAUGUAAUGGUUUCAUGAGGAGGAAUAUAAAGAAAAAAGUAAUGCUGCAUUCUUCAUUAACCAAAAUACACUUUAUCUAUUCAAUAGUAAGAGGUUAGAGCAGCAGUAAAAGUGAAUAUGAAAUACCUAUUUGUAAAAAUAGCACUUUAUUUAAGGAAAUGCAUAAUCAGUCACCAAUAUUUAAACAGAAAUAGUGUGAAAAUAUUUUAUAUUCCUGAUUGGUUUUUUUGAGAAUAAAGCCAUUUAACUGAUA